AUGUCGUACGACGGCGGACUCGCAGAAGACCUCGCAGUCUACUCCUUCAACGACCUGGGCAAUCAAGAGUCUGACCUCGCGCACCUCCUCGACGACGAUGCCAACGCUCUCAACGACGAGACCUUUGGCGCGCUCGAGGGCGGCGAUGACGAGGCGUUCGGCGCAGAUGAGGCAUUCGGGGCACCUGUCGGCAGAGACUUCGACUUUGCCGGCUCGACCGCCCGUUUCCUCGGCCACGACCAAGUCCCGUCCUCCACGAAGCCCAUCCAGCAGCCCUCGACAGCCUGGACCGACCCGCUCCUCUCGUCGUCCAAGCCGCUCUCGAGCUCGCCAUGGACGAGCCUGAACGACGACCCGUUGCUCUCAUCGGCUGGAAAGCCUGCGUACACCCAGCCUCCUCCGGCGGUUCCUCAGCCGUCGAGGCAGGUCAAGACGGUUGAGGAGGUCGAAGCCGAGAUGCGUGCGGCCGCCUUGGCGCGCCAGCAGCAGCAGCAGCAGCCGGCGCAGACCUCGACUCGCCCGAUGACGCUCGAGGAAGUCGAAGCGGAGAUGCUUCGUCGGCGCGGUACCGCCGCCGCCGCCGCUUCUCCUGCCGUGCCUCCCGCACAGCCGCAGACGCAGCAACUCCCGCCCGGUCUCGCUCCUCAGCAGCAGACGCCCCUCGCCGCCGCCCCUCAGCUCCCCUUCAAUCCCGCGACUUUCAACCCCGCCACCUUCAUCCCUCCCGCUCACCUCCUCCCACCGAACUUCACCUCCCUCCCGCCGCAGAUCCAGCAACAGAUCAUCGCGCAGCACAGGGCCGCGGCAGCAGCUGCCGUCGCCGCAGGGACGUUCCGGCCUCCGUUGCCUCAGCAACCGCCUCAGCCUGCGCAGAGCCAGAGCCCGGCGUUUGGAAGGCCUCCUCAGGGUCCUGGAACGCCUGGUCCGGCCUUCCCUCCCCUUGGCGCAACCGCGACUUCGCCCGUCCCAGCCGCAGCGGGAGUGGGCGGACCCAACUUGAUGGCGACGCUCUUCCCGCCGCUCCCGUCCGCGGCCGGCGCACAAGGACCCGUUUCAGUCGAACAAGGCCUGCAGAUGCUCUCGCUCUCUCAACACACGCAGCACCCGUCUCUCACGGGCGCGCAGCUUCAAGCGCUUCUGCAUCAGGCGCAGUCGCAGGCCCAGGGAGGGGGCGAGGGAGGAGAGGAGGAGGAGAAGAAGAAGGCUGCGGAUGAGUUGGUCAGGAUGGUGGAGCAGAGGAUCAUGGAGCAUGAGGAGGCUGAGGGGAAGAGGAAGAGGAAGGCGGCUAAGAUUGCGAGUAUGGCCAAGCACAACAACCUCAUGUCGAACUCGGACAAGGACUUCAUCACUCGCAUUCAGGUCUCGCAGCUCGUCACCGACGACCCGUACGCCGACGAUUUCUACUUCCACAUCAUGGCGGCGAUCAAGGCGUCGCGGCAGCAAGCUCUCGUCGCCUCUGUGGGCGGACCUCUGCCUGGUCCCGGACCCGCCCCGCCUCAAGGUCCCAACACCAACUCGAACGCGAACCGCCGCCCGACGCGGCGCGAGAACGCGAUGAACCGGAUGGCGCAGAACGUCCAGCGCCUCGUCGACAGUGCCAAGAAGCGCAACGCGACGGGCGGAGUUUCGGGCGGGGCGGGUCACACCCUCUCGCUUGAGGGCGCGCUGGGGAAGAUCGCGACGAGGACGAGGAGUGCGCCGAGGCCGCUUCUGCAGGUCAAGCCUAGCUCGACGAGCGUGCACAAGGAGCGUACGGUGGCGGAGGAGCAAGGCGCGGAAGGCGCGAGGAACGGAUCUGGCUCGCCAGAUGCGGAGAAGCAGCAGGGGCAGGGUGGGAAGAAGAAGGCUGGAGCGGGCGUCUCGACGGGCCAGUCGCUUCUCGCUGGCGCGGGGCUGAUCACGACCACCUCGUCCGCGUCCGACGCUGCCUCCGCUCCGAACCCCAUCACCGGCCCACUCUCGCACCGCGACGCACUCGCCAUCAUCGAGAAGAUCUACGACUGCGUGCUUGACCUCGAGCAGUUGAGGCGCAUCCAGCCUGCGCUGUUCGCGACUGCCGAGGGCGUCCGUGCGCAGUACGAGCAGAUGACGGUCGAGGGAGAGGUCAGGGAGCAGAUCAGGGAGAAGUGGGACGAGGCAAAGAGCGCGGUCCAGGAGGCUGAGGACAAGUACAAGGAGCUUGUUGACCGCUUGUGGGACAACCUGCACGUCAUGGAGCCGCUCGAUGCUUGCACGCCUCACCCGUUCAUCUCGAUCCUCUCGCCCCUGAAGGGCAAGCGCAUCCUCCCGCGCGCGAUCCGCCACCUCUCGCCCGAGCAGACGCUCACUCUCCUCACACUCCUUGUCGCCACCUUCGAUACGCUCGACGUUGUCGUCGAGGCGCCCGUCCUUGACCAGCUCGACACGACCGCCUCGGGCCGACAGCGCCGCGUCGCCGUCGAGACCAAGACGGAAGCGCUCCUCAACUCGAUUGUCGCGCCCAUCAUGGCUGUCGUCGGACAGGCCCAGCUCCGCAUGGUCGUCGGCAUGCUCGGACUCUUGAUGGACCGCAACGACAUCCUCAAGGUCGUCCGGUCCAAGCCCGGUCUCGCCUUCCUUACGAUCCUCCUCUCGCGCGCCGAGUCGCUCAAGCAGGCGACGCCCGCGCCCGAGCAGGCCGACUUGCAGCAGUGGCAUCGCACCUUCACCCAUCUCUUCGGCGUCCUCUCCUCCGGCUCGAACCUCAUGGCGCUCUUCCCUUCGACUCGCCUCGCCGCCGCGCUUCCCUUCGGCGUCGCGCAGUACCAGUCGCUCGAGGCUCUCCGACCCGAGGCCGACCAGGACGACGAGCCGGUCUGGCGCUUCCUCGCAAGUGUCGCCGUCUGCGCCGAUCCGGACCAGCAGCAGGUUCUCGUCACCGGCGUCCGGGACAAGGUCAUCGAGAAUGUCCGCUCUGCGCGUCAGCUCGAAAAGGUCAAGGCGGCGCAGGCUCCGGCUGGCGCGCCCGAGAAGGCUGCCCUCAAGAUCCGCAACGUCAACCUCCUUCUUCACGCUCUCUCCCUCGACGCGUCGAUGAUCGAGACGGACGAAGACUGA